UUUUGUGCUCGGCUUCAGUUUCAGGUGAGAGAGCUCCAGAUUAUUAUUCCGGAUUAGUUCCCAGAGGAUUGCUGGUGAUGUCUUCCAGGCCGAAUGGGAGUCCUCCUCCCUACGAGUCCGAUGGAUAUGUCCCUCCCCAGCCGGCCUACUCUUACUACCCAGACGAUGAGUUCCAGCACUUCUACCGCUGGACGUCUCCGCCCGGCAUCCUCAAGAUCAUGGCCAUCAUCGUCAUCGUGCUGUGUGUGGCCAUCUUUGCCUGCGUUGCCUCCACGCUGGCGUGGGACAGUCAGGGCGCCCUCUCCGGCUUUGGGGGCGUAGGCGGCUACCCGGGGGGCACCUACGGGGGGACCUAUGGAGGAGCCUACGGCGGCGGAGGGUACGGCAGCUUUGGGGGCGCCGGAUACGGGCCGGGAAACAGUUAUGGUUACGGCUCGCUUGGAGGGAACUACACCGACCCCCGGAAAGGCAAAGGCUUCAUGAUCGCCAUGGCGGCCAUCGUCUUCAUCUUCGCCCUGGUCGUCUUCAUCGUCCUCGUGUCCCACCAGAGCAUCUCUCAGAGCAGGAGGUUCUACCUGGCUGUGGUCGUCAUCUGUGCCGUGCUGGCGCUGCUGAUGCUGAUCGCCUCCAUUGUGUACCUGAUGGCGGUGAAUCCCACCGCCCAGUCCUCUGGCUCGGUGUACGGCAGCCAGAUCACGGCCCUCUGCGCUCAGUUCCAGCAGCCCCAGGCCUCCGGCGUCUUCGUCAACCAAUACCUGUACCACUACUGCGUGGUGGAGCCGCAGGAGGCCAUCGCCGUCGUGUUCGGCUUCCUGGUAACCGCAGCUCUGAUCAUCAUGCUCGUCUUCGCCCUGAAGACCCGCCAGAAAAUCGGAAACUACGGCAAGAGCAACAUUCUGUGGAAAAAAGUGAAGGUUGUUGACGACUUGGCGCCACCCGACGAUGUGGAAGCAUGGGUGAACAACGUGUCGGCUCCGCCCGAGGAGGCGCCGGUCUCAGACUACACCGACAAGCUGAGAGGUUCCAGGGACCGCCUGGAUGAAGAGAGCACCAACUAUGACAAACCGCCGUACAGCGACGGCCCGGCGACCAUAGCCGAAGAUCUGCCCUUACAGAACGGGGCUCCCUACGGCUCCGAGGCGGCCAGUUCAGGCGGCCGGCCCAAGAAGAGACGCCCCCGCCGGGCUCGCCGGGCCGACGGCCAGGAGUACGACACCGACUACAACUCUUCUGGAGACGAGCUGGACGACAAUGAGUUUGAGAGUGAGUUUCGCCCAAUAGCGAACGAAGCAGAGCGUAAUGACUACAAGCGGGAGUUUGACCGAGACCACCAGGAGUACAAGGACCUGCAGGCUGAGCUGGACGCCAUCAACAAGAACCUGUCCGACGUGGAUCGGGAGCUGGACCGGCUGGAGGAGGGGAGCCCCGAGUACCUGGAUGCUUUGGAUGAAUACCACAGGAUAAGAGACAUUAAAAAGUCUGCUGACUACCAGGUGAAGAAGCGCAGGAGUAAAUACCUGAAAGCCAAACUGAACCACAUCAAGAAGAUGGUCAGCGAUUACGACCGCAGAGCCUGAGUGGCCUCCGAGCCUCCGGCCCUCCUCCCUGCCAGGCCAGCUGGACUCAUCGCCUCCAGCCUCCACCACAGCCUGCUCGCUCUGACUCCAGCAGCACAGAAAACAAACACCGUCUGGUUUAUACCCGGGUUUGUUUUAUGAGCAUCGCUGGUCAGAGAAGCUGUAUUUAUUUUGACAGAACUACUAGAGUUCAGUGCAAAUAUAAAUUCAUACCUUAUCCAACUUUUUAGAUAGAGUUUUAGCUUUCAGCGACUUUUCAAGCUAUUUUUUAAAUGUGACUUUUAAUGGAUUUUCUUAAUGUGUAUAUAUUUGGGAAACAGUGGUGUGUGUGUGUGUGUGUGUGUGUGUGUGUGUGUGUGUGUGUGUGUGUGUGUGUGUGUGUGUGUGUGUGUGUGUGUGUGUGUGUGUGUGUGUGUGUGUGUGUGUGUGUGUGUGUGUUGUUGAAUGAAAGAGCAGACGAAUGCGUAGGAGUAAUUGUGUUUAAUGCAUGAUGAUGAACUUUGAAAACAAUCUGUGAUUCUUUUUUAUCAUAAUAAAAAUGUUCUCUAUCUUAGUGGCAGUU